UUGUGACACUUGAGACAAACGUGUCAGCAUGGUUCUCUUUUCACUGACUCUCGGGAGGAGCUGGAGGCACAAGUCCAGUAGGGACCAGCGGAAGGGAUCUCUGCCACCAGCAACACGAGAGUCAGCUUAGGUGGCACCUAGAUUUAUAUCCAGUAUUUCAGAGGGGAGCUCAUGAAUUCUCACUUCCUCUGAAGCUCGUUUCAGUGAGCUCUGUUUUCACUGCUUUAGUGAUUACUGCCAUAUGGAGCCAGGUUUAGAGCCCACUUACGUGAAUUUUAAGUGGCAUCACUUUCAUUAGCAUAACCUGAGGUUAAGUGAGCAAUAAAUUUAGCACAUAAGAGAGGGUGUAGAGGGAAACUUCCAGAUUGAAGGUGGCUGCUGCUAAUAGUAAGUUGAACUAGGAUUGUAUCAGGUUAUUUGAUUUUUUUCUUUGUUUUCUUUUUUCUUCCUUAACACAUACGCCUGAGAUUCUCUGAUUUUAAUGUCAGAGGCCUCGCAUAGGGGUGGUUAUUUAGACAUCACUAUUUGUUUUACAUGGGUGCGUGCUCUACGGUGUUUAAUUUUUGCUGAUUUUGUUUGUUUGUUUGUUUCUCUUUUUGUUUUGUUCUUUCUUCAUGGUGCAGUCCUGCUAGUUAAGAUCAAGGUGUUCAGAGGUCCUGAGUUGCAUUUGACUCACUGCUUGUGCUGCUGUGAGCACUUGUGUAAAAGACCAAAGGAAAACACUUUCUGACAACUCAGACACUCAGCAUCCUGCGUGCAUUAGGUCUUGCCAUGGAGAUGCGGCAUCGAGAAGUGGGCUCUGCAGAGGAGCUCCUCGUGGGCUGACUGACAUAUAUUGAAGGUCAGGAGUGGUUUGGAUGAGACCUGUGGCUGCUGAGAAUAUUGAUCAGCGAGCUGGAAAAAAAACCAACCAAACAAACAUGAAUGCUUCGUUUCUUGAUCCUCUGGAAAAUAACUCCAGACACCUGAACUUUUCGGAGAAGAACUCGCAACUCUUGCAGUUUGAAGACGAGGACUGCCACGUGCCUUUGGCCAUGGUCUUCACCUUGGCCCUGGCUUAUGGGACCGUGAUAAUCCUGGGAGUCUCUGGGAAUCUGGCCCUGAUUGUCAUCAUUUUGAAACAAAAGGAAAUGCGCAAUGUUACUAACAUCCUCAUCGUCAACCUGUCCUUUUCUGACCUUCUAGUGACCAUCAUGUGUCUUCCCUUUACCUUUGUGUACACUUUAAUGGACCACUGGAUUUUUGGGGAGGCCAUGUGCAAAUUGAACCCUUUCGUGCAAUGUGCCUCAAUCACCGUCUCGGUCUUUUCUUUAGUUCUGAUUGCUAUCGAACGCCAUCAGCUGAUCAUCAACCCCCGUGGCUGGAGGCCAAGCAACAGGCAUGCCUACAUGGGGAUCGCUGCCAUAUGGGUUUUGGCCACGGCUUCCUCCUUGCCUUUCCUGAUUUACCACGUGCUGACAGACGAGCCCUUCAGAAACAUAACAUUUGAUGAAUAUAAGGACAAAUACGUGUGCCUCGACCUCUUCCCCUUGGACACUGCCCGGCUUUCUUAUACCACCACUCUUCUGGUGAUUCAGUACUUUGGACCGCUUUGUUUUAUAUUUAUUUGCUACUUAAAGAUUUACUUUCGCUUGAAAAAAAGGAGCCACAUGAUGGACAAGAUGAGAGACAGUAAGUACAGAUCCUCUGAAACCAAAAGGAUCAACAUCAUGCUGAUCUCGAUCGUGGUUGCCUUUGCAGUUUGCUGGCUUCCUCUCACCAUUUUCAAUAUCGUGUUUGAUUGGAACCAUGAAAUUCUGCCUGUUGCUACCUGCAGCCACAACCUGCUGUUCCUGAUCUGCCACCUCACUGCCAUGAUCUCCACCUGCGUGAACCCUAUUUUCUAUGGGUUUCUCAACAAGAACUUCCAGAGGGACCUGCAGUUUUUAUUUCACUUCUGCCACUUCCGCUCCCGUGAGGAAGAUUACGAGACUAUAGCCAUGUCCACCAUGCACACAGACGUCUCAAAAACCUCUCUAAAGCAGGCGAGCCCAGUCGCAUUUAAAAAAAUAAACAGUGAUGACGAUGACAAAAUAUAAAGAAGUAAUAAUAAUUCUACACCAAACCUCUGGAAGUUCGCCCGCAGGUGAAAUGUGCCCAAGGACAAGCACAAUUAUGUAACAAGUACAAAAUGGGUAAUGCUUUUCUUCUUUUUCCAAGGAACUUUGAUUGUUGUCCCUUUGAAAUGUUAUGCUGUGCAUUUUUUUGCCCCUUACUCUGCUUUAAUGUUCACAGCAGUUACAUCUGAAUCUUAUUAUUAAAAAGUGGCUGGACUUGCUCCUACCUAUGGUUUUCAGCAACUUUCUCUUGUUCUGUUUCUUUGUACGGUUAUGUACUUGAGCACAAAGACACAUUUACUGAUUUUUAUUUUUUUAAGCUUUUAUUAUUACUAUUAUUUCUUUCCCCAAAUAAUUAGUUCUCAGGAUUGUCCAUUUAAGACCAUUGCGGUAUGAAGCGCGUAUGAACUGCAGGGAGGUUGUCCCUACAGAGGACACCCAUCCCAACAUAAAAUUAGGACAUUCUGUUUGGAAGAGCUGUCCCCUUGUUUGUUUUUGUUGUUUUUAAUCUGUCUUUUGAUGAAUUUAAAAAUCCCAUGAGCGUAGUGGAGGCAUGCACAAAACGAUUUUGAGAUACCCAUAGGUCACGUUAAAUGGGGACAUGCCUUUGGCUCAUUCAGAGAGGCAAUUCAGACUGUAAUCGCUUUGGUUCAAAGGCAGGAUUAGGAGAGAAAUUCUGUUCUCAUUUACGAGAAGAAAAACCUGGAGUAAUUCCACAGAACACAAUGGGAUAACUCGGAUUUUCACCACAGCAAAUGAAAGCACAAAUGGGCCUUUAAUCCCAAAUUAUUACAGCUGAUUUUAGUAACACAGGCUUUUUUAAUUUUCAAAAACCCAAACCCCAUUUUCAUCUGCCAUCACUGGAAGACUGGGAUGAAAUCUGCUGUCAGUCCCAAGCCUAUGAACCAUGUAAAUUCUCCUUAUGUCCUUUGUAUGAAUGUCAAGAAUCUGGAGGGAGGUGGUCAUGUUUGUUUUCUGUACAAGGUGUGAUUCCAUCCUUGCAGACGAUGUUACAAGUCAGGUUUGGGAUUAAAAAAACAAAAAAUAGCUGCAGCUACCUGAAUCGUUUCCUAAUAAUUAGUGCUGAUCUGUACAAAUGAUGUAUAGCCUCAUUAUAUUCUGUGUUCAGACGCGAUGAUAUAAAUCUGGAUUAUCUCCAAGGUGAUGGAUGACUUAACUAAGAUCUGCAAAACUUAAAAGGAGGAUAUAGUGUGGUUGCAAUUGGAACAUUUUGCUUCCACAGUUGACUGAAGUGUGGGAAUAUUUGCCAAAUGUACACAAUAGAGCUCUGUGUUACUGCUUAAAAUAUAUAUCCUCUAAUUACACAAAAUGUACGUGACUAGAUCCCCAGCUGAGGGAAGCCUGCAUCACUUGGCUGCUGUAAAUGAAACGAUACCAAUAUCAGCCAGCUGAGGCUCUACGUCAUAUAGUGCACUUUGCUAUAUAAUCAAUGCCUUUUCAAAUAAUCAGCUUUUUAAAGUACAAUAUAGUCUUCGUUUAGCAAUAUCGCUUUGUACCCUUCUGACACAGAAGAGUGUCUUUAAAACAGGUGUAAAUGUAGCAUCAGUGGGAACCAAAUCUGAUAUCUUUCAGAUCUCAAGAAGAUCUCAGGAUGUGAUGGUGAAUUUAAUACGCUCUAAAUUAGAUAUGGAUAACUGUCUAAGAAAGGAAGAUCAUUCGGUUUGCCAGCAUUUAAAAGUCCAGAACUGUGCCUUGUGCAGUCUUAAAAACAGUGUAGAAUAUUCAAGUAGCAAUGUGUUCUUGUGCUUUAUAAUUCGAUGUAUUUCUUUAUUGACAGAUAAUUUAAUUAAAAAGGAAGUUUCUGUACUUGAAAACAGAGAGAGAAUGUAUAAAAUGAAUUAUAUGACAGUGCUUUCUUUCAGAGCCUUGCCCUUUCAUAUUUUAUGGGACGUCCCUUUUCUGGUGGCUCUUCAUGGAGUGUGUUGCUAAUAUGACAAGAGGCUCCUGAAAUUAUUCCCCUAUCACUUCACAGUAAUUUUGUUACACCAAAGGGUGCGUAUUUCCACUGAGAUGCAUUGUAGAAACCCAGCUCUGUUCUUCUGUUAAGAAUGUCACAUCAUGGUUUUCCCAUUGGGGAAAAAAGAAUCACAGUGUAUUUUGAUUAUUAUUAUUGCUCCCAUUUAAAAGAAAUAAAGCAAAUCAUCACUUUCUUCAAAACCAGCAGGAGAAGACAACAAAAUUGCUUGGGGAAUUUUCCAGUUAGUUUGUUGGAAACACUUAAUCAAGCUGAAUUAGAAGCUUACACGCAGGAGCUGUUGGCGCACGGAGCUUCACAGGUCCUCAAUAGGACAGCAGCACACUUAGUCCCACACCAACCUUUCUCCUGCUGGUGCUACUGCCUCAAAUCACAGCAUCCAUCUCCCGAGGAUGUUUGCCUGGGGAUUUUUACCCUCCUGUCUGAUAAUCAAGUGGGAGCUGGGCCAGCAGAUGCAAGCUAAAGCAUCCCUUCAGCUCAUCCGGGUGAAGCUCAGGAGCCAUCUUUCUGCUGCACUGCACCUUAGGAUCAGGCUUCUUUCCCACUUUUCCUCCUCUCCCUGUGAGAAGCAUGCUAUGCUGCCUUUCCUAAGGCUCCACAAGGGGUGCAGAUUCAUACAUACAGCACGGAAAUGUAUUUGUCAGCAGGAAAACACAUUUGGAGAAUUUCAGAAGCAAAAUCAUUGCUGUUUGAAAAGAAUCUUUUAUGAGAACAAAGAUAAAAGAAACCUUCCUGAGGUGCUGACCUGACAUCUGCAGGGUGUAGAUGACAUCUGCAGAGAGCAGUAUUUUUGUCACAGGUUGCAUGACUUGACAAUUGAGUUCUCAAAAGCUGCUGGAGAUGUUUUCCUCCAGACAUCUGGCUCCAGCACUAACCCUCUCUUGCACUUUCACAUCUCCAGCAUGGCUGCUCAUCCUAUGUGCUACAUUUCUAGAUAGGGCAAACUGUUGGGUUUCAUGUUUCUGAAUCAUUUUUCAAUCGUUCUGUUUCGAUUCUUCUUCUUCCUA